AUGGCGAAUCACUAUGAGGCGCUAGGUUUAGGUCAUCGCCAAUUCGAUGGGAGCCUGACCGCCCAGGACAUCAAGCAAGCAUAUCGAAGAGCUUUGCUUGAACAUCACCCGGACAAGGCGCAGACUGGAGGCGCAUCACAAACCGUGGAUUCCAUCACAGUCGCUUACAAAACUUUGUCUGACCCCGACACCAAAGUAGACUAUGAUCGUGAAAUCCGGCUCCAGCAGGCGCGCAACAAGGGCGAUGACAAAAUCUUCCAUACCGGACUCGACAUUGUAGAUCUGGAUGAUUUAGACUACGACGAUGAGACUGGCGAAUGGUGGAGAGGUUGCAGGUGUGGCCAAGAUCGUGGUUUUGUCAUUACCGAGGACGAAUUGGAGAAAGAAUCGCGCUACGGAGAACUCAUCACCGGCUGCAAGGGAUGCAGUCUCUGGCUCAAGGUUCUGUUCGGAAUUGAGGAAGACGAAGAGGAAGACUUCAAGACUGCUGCUGAAUGA